GCGCACGAUGGCGGCGCCCGACUCCAUCGGGCCGACCAUCGGGCGUCUCGGGGAGCUGCGCGAUUCGCCUCGUGCCGCCAGCACCGCGAACUGGCACGCUGCCCCCGGCGCAACGCACGCCCUGCGGCAGGAGGAGGGCCUGCCCUUGCGCAGGCAGCUGCUCCCUGCACCCUGGGCACGUGCCGCCGAGCACCGCUGUCACUUACUGGCAGUGCCCCCCGACGCGUACGCAGACCACCUCGCCAGGGCCCGCGAAGAAGGCGGCCAGUAUGGCACCGUUGCUGACGGGUUCGACCACUACCUGGCGCGCUGCCCUGCCUGCCUAGCACCCCCCACCGCGGCGGGCUACAACGUGAGGUUGGACAAGAUGGCGACCACCCAGUGGGUAUACGUCUGGUACGUAGGCGAGGACACGUGGCACCAUUACCUGAAUCUGGGCCGCGUCGCUUUGAGUAGGAGCGACCAUGUCAUCUACACAGCGGAUGCCGACCUGUAUAUCAUUUCCUUGUCGGACAACCCAGACAUCCACGCUGCGAGGUUCGGCGCGUAUGCGGCCCCGCCCAUCGGCAUCCGGCGCGCCGACAUCUACGCUGUUCGAGCUGAGCCCACCCAGGAGCAUUUCCAGUUGACGUUGCAGAUCAAGCAGGCCUUGUGCGUCGACGUGAUCGAGACAAAGUUUCGGAGGAUGAAGACCAUCGAGGUCGCCCAUCGUGGCAGGGCCAAGGGCCAGGAGAGCAAAGGGAUCGGGGGGAAGCUCACCUGGGAGGAGCAGGCGGCUUUCUCGGGUGUGACCCAGGCCCACGCCGCCACCAUGAUCCGCCCCGAGCUUGUCGAGCAUGCGAGGUCGACGCGUUCCUCGUGGCGCUCUGCCCGUGCCUUACCCCUCAUGAUCUUCAGCGUCAGCGAGGGGAAGGCCUGGGACCUGUCAGCCGCGGUGUUCAGUAACGCCUGCGUCGGCGAGCUACGCCAGUGCUUCAUGCACAUCCAGAGCUCUGUGGAGUAUCUUGGCGCGCCUCCGCGAGAUCUGUCUCCCGCAGAAGCGCUUCGGCAGCUUCGCGCGGCCGGGGGCGGCCGCGGCGUCGAGGAGUCGCCCAUCGGAAGCUAUGACCCCGCACUCGUCUCCUUGCCGGACGGAGCUGCGCCGCCGGCGCCGCUCGCAGACGCGUGGGGCGAUGGUGGGAUAUCCAAGGUCGAGCUCUUCAUUCUAAGGCGCAGCAGCGUUGUCUUCGCCGACCGCUCCCCCGUCGCCCUGCCCGCGGGGGGCUCCUUCGCGGGGCUCGAGCUCGACGACGCAGGGGGCAUCCUCGCCGUCGAGGGCGUCGACCUGAAGGGCGCCUUCUGCCCGAGCAGCCCAGGUUGCCAGGCUGCGGGCGGCGCCGACGGGGUGGUCGCGGGCCCCGUGGAGGCGCCGGCCCACCCUGGAGCCCGUGUCCGAGCACGUCGGCUGUCCCGAGCCUCAGCGACUUCAUGGCAGUCGGGCAGUCGGCGUGCCCCCAGUCUCUCCGAGUUCAGUCGCAUCCAGUGCGCGGGCAACUUCGCGGGUCUCGGCGUCGACUGCGAGGCCGUCCGCGCGGCGGUCUCGCGGGUGGCGGCCGAGCUGGAGCGCCGCGGCCUCGCGGCGACGAUUGGGGGCCACGCGGGGGAGAGCGGGGGCACCUACAGCGUCCUGGGCUGGGACAUCGGGCCCGGGGAGCACGACGUGAUAGACAAGCACGACAUCAUCAGUGGCAAGCACGACACUAGUGACGAGCACGACAUUGCAGGCAAGCGCGGCAGCAGUAGCAAGCACGACAUCCUCUGUGGCACGACCAACAUCAGUAAGCACGGCACGGUCGGGAGCCAUUGCAGCGAGGGCCCAGGCGCCGCGGCCGCGGCGUCGGGCAUCGUGCAGGGCGUGAAGCGCAGGCCAGCGGCGGCCGCGGGGCGGGCUCAGACUCCGCAGGAGCGGGCCGCCGAGGUCCAGCCGCCCGCGGGCGUCCAGGUGCUGCGCGCGGCUGCGGUGCGGACCGCGUGCGGCCGAGAGGCCGACCCUGCGGCGGCGGGGUACCUGCGCGUGAUGUUCAGCGAGGGGGGGCACCUCACCUACGCCGACCGCCUCAUCGCCGCCGCGGUCAGCUCCGUCUCCCGAGGGCGAAGCAGGUGCUACGAGGCCGCCCUGGCUGCAUGGCUGCCGUUCGAGAUCUACGGCCGCCCAGGCGAGAUCCACAUGCAGAGGGCGGUUGACCUCGUCCCGCCGCUGGCGUCGCGGGGGCCAGCCCACCGCUUCCGGAGCCUGACUCUUCGCGCUGCCGAGGUGGGCGCGGUCUCCAAGACGAACGAGUUCGACAACGCUGUGCGGCUCGGAGGGGCCGCCGGCUUGCCCGGCUCUCUCUUCCGCUUCUCGUCCGCCGACGUGUCGAGGGCGUUCAAGAGGGCGGCGGCCGCGCUGGGGCUCGAGCGCAUCGGUGCCCUCUCCUUUGCCGCAGCUGGCCUGAAGGCCCGGGUGAUAUUCGAACUGUUCUCAGGGCACGGAG